CGAACCCAGGGGCGGGAUGGUCAUCGAGACAGAAUAAAGGGGGAAGGCAAUGGCUUCAUUCGACAAUCGCUCUGUUCUUCUUCUUCUUCUUCUUCUGUGUUUUCUUUCUUCUUUCGCUCUCGCAUUAGGGUUCCACCAAGGCGCAGCGGACGAGGAUCAAGUGAUCGCCAUGGCUACUCUGGGAGGAGUUCGUGAAUCGAAGAACAACGCGAACAGUGUUGAAAUCGACGAGAUCGGCCGCUUCGCUGUCGACGAACACAACAAAAAGGAGAAUGCUACGCUGGAGUUUGCUCGUGUGGUGAAGGCGAAGGAGCAGGUGGUUUCGGGAACUCUUCAUCAUCUCACUUUGGAGGCGAUUGACGCAGGGAGUAAAAAGCUGUAUGAGGCGAAGGUGUGGGCGAAGGCAUGGCUUAAUCAUAAGGAGUUGCAGGAAUUCAAGCAUGUUGGGGAUGGAGAAUCCUCUGGCUUCACCUCUGCGGAUCUUGGUGCCAAACGAGAUGGCCAUGAACCUGGAUGGAGAUCUGUCCCAAACCACGAUCCGGUCGUCCGGGAUGCAGCAAACCAUGCUGUGAAGACCAUCAAUGAACGGUCCAAUUCUCUUGCUGCUUAUGAGCUGCUUGAGAUUCAACAUGCAAAAGCCGAGGUGAUUGAAGACUUUGCCAAGUUUGAUUUGCUGCUGAAACUGGGGAGGGGAGGGGGGAGGGAGGACAAAUUCAAGGUGGAAGUUCACAAAAAUGUUGAAGGGACUUUUAGUCUGAAUAAUAUGCAUCAGGAACAUUAGUUCCUGUGUGUCUUGUUGUUAUUAGCAGACCAUUUACUAAUGACUAAUUUGUUAAAUAAAUAAGGAACUUAAUGGUGUUUUGAUGGUUCUUGUUUGGAGUAUAAAACACUUGUUUCAUGCAUGGUGUAAAAUAAUGUGUUUGGAAGGAUG